AUGGCCUCCAGUGUUGUACCUGUUGCUAACACAAGAAAUGGCUUCACCAUCGUGACCCAAGUGGUACCAGGAGUAACAGAGCAAUAUGACCUCGGGACUGGAGUCUCCACUGGAGGCGCAGUUACUAAACUUCUGAAAGGAGAGCCAAAGGCACUGGGGAGCGUCCAGAUAAUGAUCGGGAUCAUGACGCUCUUAUUUGGCAUUAUUAAAACAGUGUAUGUUCCGGAUGUGGGUGUCAUUAGUGGCGUCACCUACUGGGGAUCAUGUCUUUAUAUCACCUCAGGCUCUUUGUCUGUUGCUGCAGACAAGAAAACUAAUACUUGUGUGGUGAGAAGCUCCCUGGUGAUGAAUAUAAUCAGUGCUGUGACUGCAGGAGUAGCCAUCAGUCUGCUGUCUUUUGACAUGUUCUUUCAGCUAGAAAGUUCAUAUUAUCACAGCUGUUCCUACGAAAGAUUUUUAUGGAUACUACAAUCUGUGUGA